GAUGUACGUGAAGUCUUUGACUUGUUCGAUUUCUGGGAUGGUAGGGAUGGUAUGGUUGACGGUGCGAAGGUUGGUGACUUUUUGAGGUGCUGUGGACUCAACCCAACAAACCAUGUUGUCAGCUCAAAUGGAGGAACACAAAAAUUCGGUGAGAAACAGUACAAAUUCGAAGAAAUCCUGCCGAUCUACAAAAAUGUGAGCAGUGAAGCUGAAGCUGGAACAUUUGCCGACUUCAUUGAAGCUUUCAAAACUUUCGACAGAGAGGGCCAAGGAUCCAUUGCCGCUGCUGAACUUAGACUUGUUCUCUCAAAUUUGGGUGAAAAGUUGACUGAUGCUGAUGUGGAACAAAUCUUCAAGUUCACGGGCACGGAAGAGGAUAUUGAUGGCAACCUCAAAUAUGAAGAAUUCAUCAAAAAAAUCAUGGCUGGCCCAGAUGCCAAGUAG